GGGAAGAAGAAGAAGAAGAAGAAGAAGAAGAGAGUCAAACGCGCGAUAGCCGAGCAAGAACCAUGUGACGUGAUUUCAAAUAAAUGGACUUCAGAAACGGUUUUAUAGAUGAAAGCAGUUCUUAUUAUAUUAUUAUUAAUGCAUCAUACGCGAUAUACAGGAUGUGAAGCGUUUUACUGACGUUCUACGGACACAAAACACAUCUAAAGUUCAAAUGUUCUCGCGCUAGCUAGUUCGCUGUGUCCGCAGAACGGAAUGGAAGAAUAGAAGAAGACAUGGAAGAGGACAUGGAAGACAUCGCGAUGGAGUCCGCCGACACGUCGGGACACGGAGGGGUCGCCGGCGCGUGGGAGACCGUCGCUGCCGCGCUGAUGUCCCCGGGCGGCCCGGUUCUGGAUCAGAGCCUCUCGGACUCUCUGGCCCUGCUGUGCGCUCAGGGUCUGGGCCGGCUGCUGGGCGGCUGGCUGCUGGAGACUCUGCAGAUGCGUCUGUCCUCCUCGGUGGUUCCCGAGUUCUGGUCCGGACUCAGGCAGCCGGAGAACGAGCUGGAGGAGCGGGGCCGGGCCUGGGUUCUCCUCACCACCUUCCGGACCCUACUGGACCGGCUGGAACCUUUUCUGGGCGGUCUGAAGAAGCUGGAGGCGUGGCAGGACGAGGGCCGCAGUGGUCUCUGCGGCCCAGGGCCCGGGGGCCUCCAGGAGCGCGCCGUCACCAUCAUCAGGGCCCUGCUCCUCUUCUCCCCCGCUCCGGUGCUCCAGGAGCGAGUGCUGGAGUUCUACAGCAGGACCUUCUCCGUCUACAUGAGCCAGGAGGGGCAGGCGGAGGACGGGGCCGAGCCCCCGGAGGGCCCCGAGCGAGGGGCCUGUCCGGGCUGCGGGGUCCCGGCCCAACGGUGCUGGUGUAAGGAGGCCCUGGAGCAGCUCCACGACCUCAGCCACACCCUCUCCAAGCUGCAGCUGCUGGAGUGGGUCAGCUCGGAGGCCGUCACCUCCAUCCUGCACAAGCUCAUCGAGCAGCGGAUGGAGCAGCACUGCCGGGGAGAGUACGAGCGCUCCUUCCUGCUGGAGUUCCAGGAGUGGCUGGAGCUGGUGCUGGGCUGGCUCAGCAAGGUGUUUGCCAGUGAGGCGGACAGAGAGGGCGCCGGACCUGCUCCUAGUGCUGCCGGGGGCCCCGUGGCUGCCGCCGUCCAGCCCGGGGGCUCCGUCCUGAAGCAGUGGAGGUGCCACAUGCACCAGUUCUUCUGCAGGAUCUACGUCAACAUGAGGAUCGAGGAGCUCUUCAGUAUAAUCAGAGAUUUCCCAGAAUCCAAAGCUGCCAUCGAAGACCUGAAGUUCUGCCUGGAGAGGACCAACCAGAGGCAGCAGCUGCUCACCUCGUUGAAGUCGGCCUUCGAGAGCCGCCUGCUGCACCCGGGAGUCCACACGUCCGACAUCCUCACCGUGUACAUCUCGGCCAUCAAGGCGCUCCGAGAGCUCGACCCCUCCAUGGUCAUCCUGCAGGUCGCCUGCCAGCCCAUCCGCAAGUACCUCAGGACCCGGGAGGACACGGUGAGGCAGAUCGUAGCCGGCCUCACCGGAGACGCGGAGGGCUGCACGGAUCUGGCCUCGGAGCUGUCCCGCGGGGACCCCGUCACCCUGGAGAUGCAGGACAGCGACGAGGAGGGCACCGACCCCGAGGACUGGAAUCCGGACCCGACCGACGCCGUGCCCGAGAAGACGGGCUCCAAGCGGCGCUCCUCUGACAUCAUCAGCCUGCUAGUCAGCAUCUACGGCAGCAAGGACAUCUUCAUCGACGAGUACCGGGCGGUGCUGGCCGACCGGCUGCUGCACCAACUCAACUACAACACCGCCAGGGAGAUCCGCAACGUGGAGCUGCUGAAGCUCCGCUUCGGGGAGUCUCACAUGCACUACUGCGAGGUGAUGCUGAAGGACAUGGCCGACUCCCGGAGGAUCAACAGUAACAUCCGGGAGGAGGAGUCCAGGCUGAGCGAGGAGGAGCAGCCGGCGCUCUCCCUCUCCUCCAUCAUACUCUCCUCAGAGUUCUGGCCCCCGCUGAAGGAGGAGAAGCUGGAGCUGCCCCCACUGGUGUGCCAGGCCAUGGAGGCCUACACCCACCGCUACGAGAAGCUCAAGGCCAUGAGGACGCUGAGCUGGAAGCCUCACCUGGGCUCAGUGACUCUGGACCUGGAGCUGGAGGACCGGACCCUCACCAACCUCACCGUGUCCCCCGUCCACGCCGCCAUCAUCCUGCACUUCCAGGAGAAAAGCUCCUGGUCGCUGGAGGAGCUGAGCCUGAAGCUGGGCGCCCCGAAGGAGCUGCUGCACAGGAAGCUGGCGCUGUGGCAGCAGCACGGCGUGCUGAGGGAGGAGGCGGGGGGGCGAUUCUACGUGGUGGAGACGGGCUCCUCCCGGGAGAAGAUGGAGCGAGGCGUGAUGCUGAUCGACAGCGACGAGGAGAGGGACUCAAACACCACCACCCAGUCGGAGCAGCGGGAGGAGAAGCUGCAGUUGUUCUGGGCCUACAUCCAGGCCAUGCUCACCAACCUGGACAGCAUGACGCUGGACCGCAUCCACUCUAUGCUGCGGAUGUUCGUUGCCACGGGACCCGUUGUCACGGAGAUGGACGUCAACGAGCUGGAGGCCUUCCUGCAGCGAAAGGUCAGGGAGCAUCAGCUGAUGGUCUCUGCAGGGGUCUACAGACUCCCCAAAUCCAACUGAGAGGGAGAUGCUGCCUUCAGGUGCCGACUGGGAAAUAGGAAAAUACUGAUCUCGAUGGGAAGAUAUAAAAUCCUGUUGGAUCCUCAGGUGGAAGGAGCAAGUUAAACUGUAUUUUUAUGCAAAAUAAAUGAAGCUUAUUUUUAAUAAAAAAUCCACUGAAGUCUGUUUUUCAAAAUAAAAGCACUUCUACCCCCAAUGUUUAUUUAGCCACAGGAAGUGAAAUUGUUAUAAUU